AUGCAAUGGAUUGUAGGAUAUGUUAGAGUUUUACUGACAUCAAGACGGCAGCAAGAUGUACAAAAGGUGCGGCGAGGGGGACAGCGGGAUGCAUGGGCCAGGCAAGGGCGAAUGUACACGAAGGCCGCGACAGGUCAAGAUGUUGACCAAAAGCGUUGCUCAAAGAAGAGCAAACUAUAGGCGAAGCAAGGGGAAAUCAAAUAUCCGAAGUCAUAAAUGACGUGGGAACAG